AUGGAAGAAGGCCAGGCUCAAAUAUUCAGAGGAGUAGUUCCAAAGAAAAAUGGAAAUUGGGGUGCUCAAGUCAGCGUGAACAGGAAGCCAUUGUGGCUUGGAACUUAUGAAACUGUGGUAGAAGCUGCUAAUGCUUAUGAUAGAGCCAAUCUGAAGCUUCGUAGACUUUCAGCUCUUAAUAUUCCAUGGUAUGAUAGACCUCAAGAGAUAGAGUUUCAAAGUAUGUAUCCUUUUGCAACCGUCAUAUCCAUGAUAAAAAAUGGAACGUAUACGCAGAAUUAUGCAUAUUUCAUGACAGAUGAGGCUAUUCUGGCCAGAAAUCAAUGUCUUGCUGGUGCUAGGAACAGACAACAGAGUUCUGGGGAAACUGGAAUUAGUGGUGUCACAGAGGUGCAUAACCCAGUUAAGCUGUUCAGUGUACGAAUUGGUUAA